CCAGGUAGCUCUGUCUCAUCGAGACUUCGGAUGACGCGGCUGCCCGUGCGCGUUAUAGCGUCGUAUAUAUAGCCACUACACUCAGGCAUUGUAGACCUUAUCAUCCCUUACACACAUCCUCGCAACCAGCAACAGCAGCAACAUGUCCGUACGCCCCGUCUUCGUCGUCGCUGGUAUCGGCAAUGGCACAGGAACCGGUGCUUCCACAGCUCGCCUCUUCGCCAAGUCAGGCUACCGCGUCGCGCUCAUCGCGCGCAACCCCGAACACCUCAACAAGCUCGCGAAGGAGAUCAACGACGCGGGCUUCGAGGCGGCCGCGUUCCCGGUCAAGGACUACGCCUACCAGACCGUGCUCGGCGUGUUCGACGCCGUGCGCGCGUACCAGUGGUCAGGUUCCGAGAAGGCCGAAGUACGCGUCGCGCUGUGGAACGCCGGCAGCGCGCCGUUCAAGAAGUUCCUGGACGUGACCGAGGAGGACCUCGCGCGCUCGCUCGAUUCGCAUGUCACGGCACCGUUCGCGUUCUCGCGCCAGGCGAUCCUCACGUUCCAGAAGAACGAAAUCGACAGCCUCGGCCGUCGUGGAACCCUGCUCUUCACGGGUGCGACGGCCAGCUUGCGAGGCAACGUCUGGACCAGUGCGUUCGCGGCGGGCAAGUUCGGUCUCAGGGCGCUCAGCCAGUCCCUUGCGAAGGAGUUCGGCAAGGAGAAUAUCCACGUUGCUCAUAACAUCAUUGAUGGCGGUAUUCUGACUGACCUCUCCGCGGCUCGGAGAGAGGGGGAGGCCCGCGAGCAAUAUAUUAACAAUGAGGAUUCUCGACUAAGCCCUGACAGCAUUGCCCAGUCAUACCUGUACCUCGUCAACCAAGACAGGACUGCCUGGACCUGGGAGCUUGAUCUCCGUCCGGCGCACGAGAAGUGGUGAGGUGACUAAAAGUCUCGCGGGAAAUUUCUGCAUUUUUUGUAAUAUAGUCGAGCAGAACUUCCAUCGCAACCCGAACACGUCGGAUACGCGGCGCUUCUGCCCUUCUUUGUGCUCGCCGUUGCAUUGAGCCUAUGCCUUGUCUGAAUACGCCCGGAACGACAGUGCCGCGUCCGUCCUCAGCGGGGCACGCUGU